AUGCCCGAGCGCCCGUGGGAUCGCACCACGCUGGACACCUUCUGGCAGCAGCAUUUGAAGAACAUGGAUUUCAUGAAGAGUGGCAUGACCCUGCGCGCCUAUGGUCAAAAGAACCCUUUGACCGAAUACAAGCUUGAGGGCUAUCAAGUCUUUUUGAAGAUGAUGUCCAAGAUCAGGCGCAAUGCCCUCUACAACGUCUUCCUCUUCCAGCCCAGAAAGCUGACGCCCAUGUCCCGCGAGCGGGUCAAGGGACUGAUCCCCAACCGCGAGACGCGGCGGCGCCAGGUGGGCGAGAUCAAGAAGUCCGAGAGCUACAAGGUGGAAAAGGAAGCGAAAGGCAUCACCAUGGACAAGGGCGCUGCAGCUCGCAGCAUGAACUUGGCGAGGCUCUCGUUGAACGUGCGGCAAGUCCUGGAAGCACGAGAAGGCUUGGGAGAGCUGGCUUUGGCGUCAUUUUCGGAGCUCAAGGAUACCUUCGCAAGGUCCGGGCUACUGACGUUGGGUGACCAGCUCAUGUGGGCUCAGGCCUGCAGCGAGUUUGAGCUGCUGGAAGAUGAGCUGGCGGGCGAAGUGUACAUCGGCCUCGUUGGCCGCAUGGAGCCGCAAGCCGCCAAAGCGCCUCCCGAGACCAACUUGGAGGACAUGGACAUCGAACGCUUCGAAGAGCGACAACGCGAGGCACAGAAACUCUUCGAGAGUGCGCAGGAAGAUCCCAACUUCGUUCAGACUUUGGCCGCCUUCUCGAACGAGCCUGAGCUCUUCUUGAAGGAGCUCAAGGCAGCUUCGCAGGAGCAAGGCUGGACACGAGAAGAUGUGAAGAAGAUGAAGGAGACCUAUGCCAUGAUGGGCAUCAACUUGGAGGUCAUGCUGCAAGAGAUGCAGGCCUCCGCAGACGCACUGCCACCGGCUCAAAGAGAUCUUGUGGCCUACAUGCAGCAAAUGCUCACAGACCCCGACUCCGUUCUGCAGAAGGCGGAGGACAAAGCCGAAAAGGUCGAUGCUUAG